AUGAAGCUUAACUUCAUCAUUCUGCUCUCUCUUUUGAGCAUUGCGUCAGUGUACGCUUUUGACAAGGAUUGUCACGUCUACAAUGCCAAGGAGGCCUUGCUUGACCAAUACGGACCAACUUUGGGAGGAAAUGCCUUGACCUUCAACAAUGCCAUCUCUGCUGGACACAACAAGUUUGACUUCUUGGGUCACCGUGCCGUCUGCAUGAACAACAACGAGAAGAUUACCUGCUCUGGAACACUUGUCCCAACUACCGGAUCCGACCCAUACUUUGAGCUCCGUCUCGCUGCCUACAGAGCCGACGGAUCAUUCGAGCCAAAGAAGGAGUUGAAGCCAGAGGCCUACGUCCCAGCCGGCCCAAUCGACACCUCCAAGUUCCAGUACUACCGCAUCGACCCAGCCGUCUCCAAGAUUGAGGGUCGCGGUGCCGCCGAGGGAAUGACCAUCAAGUUGUCCGAGUACAUGUCCAUGCCACUCCAGGCUGGUUUGGGUGCCAACGGAAAGAACAUUAACGACGGUGUCUCUGGAUGGAUGGAGUACACCAUCAUCGACAAGGACGGCAACCAGGUUGGUUCAGGAGUCGUUGACAUCAACAUUGACCUUUGCUGCGCUGACUGCAUGUCCCAGACCUACAAGAUGACCGCCGCUCCAGGCUACCAGGGAGGCCAAUCGCUCUACAUCACCUCCGACGACAUGACACCAUUCAGCGGAAACAACAAGUGGGACUUCAUCAACGACUCUGGCAAGCUCCAGGUCCAGCAGAACGGUGACAUCCGUCUCACUGGUGACCUCACCCCAGUCGGCCAAACCACCCCAAGAAUGUCCUGUGACCUCACCUACUUACCCAACAACGACUACUUCCGUUCAAUGAAGAUGGAGUUGGACCCAAGCAUCUACUUCCCAAAGGGACCACUCGACUCAUCGCUCUGGACCCUCUACGAUGUCGACACCACCAAGUCCACAUGCAACGUCAACGGUAACCGUGUCAACAUCGUCUCUGACUUCGCCAUGCCACUGCAGAUGGGCAUUGGAGCCAACGGCAAGAACAGCAACAACGGUCUCUCCUCAUGGUUGAACUACACUGUCACCCGUGACGACACCACCAAGUACACCCCAAGCAACGUCCUCGACAUCAACGUCGACUUGACCUGUUUGUCCAGCCCAGCCGUCUCAGCCCCAACCACCUCUGGCUCAUCCACCACUGCCUCAGCCACCACCGCCUCGGUCACCACCGCUUCAGCCUCAACCACCGCCUCAGCCUCCACAGCCUCAAUCACCUCUGGCUCUGCCUCGACCACCGCCUCAGUCACCGGCGUUGCUGUCACCACCGGCACCACUGCCUCAGUCACCACCGGCUCCACCACCGCCUCAGCCACCACCGCCUCGGCUUCCACCACUGCCGCUGCCACCUCUGCCUCAGUCACCACCACUGGCGCAACCUCAGCUGGUUUGUUAUCAAUCUACCUUCCAUCUACCUCCCAUCCUUCCUUUGAUACCUUAAUCCAUCCUUCUAUCGAUACUUCGAUUGCCGGAGGUACGCUCCCACCAAGAUCCUCAACCACUGGAGUCUCUGGUCAAGGUACCACCACCAACGAUGCCAACACUGCUCAAGUCAGCAAGAUCAUCGUUGCCGUCCUCACCUUCUUGGUCUUGGCUUUCGUUCAAUAA